GAAGGCUGACAUUGAAUAAUGUUCACGUAUUAGUGUUAUUUACACGCCGGAAGACAUUUAGUCUUGAAAAUGAUCUUCUGAUUCUCUAGAGGAUCAUAAUUUAACAGAGACUGGAGAGAGGAUGGAGGCUUUCAACUUUGACCCCAGAUAACGUUACAUUGGACGCUAAAAUGGCAGCCGUUGUGCCGCCAGUAUCAACCACGUCGUUGAGCCAAAAGCAACGACGUGCUGCCCUUAGAAGAGAACGAAGGAAGAAAAGGCGACAAGCAAUUGCGAAAAAAACAGUCUCGGACCAACCAGACUGCCAAGAGGAUGACGAAGGUGAGGGUAGCGAGGAUGACGAAACAGAUGCUAAAGCCGAGGAAGAGAGGCAGAGAUUACACGAGCAGUGGCUUGAAAGAGAAAGACUUGCCCAGGAGGAAUUCAGGAUGAAGCAGGAGAAGGUGGAGGCUGCUAAACGCAAAAAAGAGGAGGAGGAGAACAGAAUUAAAGCAGAAUGGGAGGAACAGCAACGGAAAGAGAGAGAAUCAAGAGAUCUAAAGCAGCAGGCGAUGAGAGAGAGAGAGGAAGCUGCACAGAAAAUGCUGGACCAAGCUGAAAAUGAGCUGGAAAAUGGAGGUCCUUGGAGGAACCCAGAGGCCCCGGCCCAAACAGACAUUGGCACAGAGAAGGACCGAGCCAACUGCCCCUUCUUCCUCAAAACCGGAGCCUGUCGUUUUGGGGACAGGUGUUCCCGGAAGCACAGGCACCCUGCCUCCAGUUGUACUCUGUUGAUCAGAGGGAUGUUUGUCCACUAUGGCAUGGAGCAGUCUCGGCGCGAUGACUACGAUACAGAUGCCAACCUAGAAUAUAGUGAAGACGAAGUCCACCAGCAGUUCCUGGACUUUUAUGAAGAUGUACUCCCCGAAUUCAAGAGUGCUGGGAAAGUUAUUCAGUUUAAGGUCAGCUGUAACUUUGAGCCCCAUCUGAGAGGAAACGUGUAUGUUCAGUAUGCCACGGAGGAAGACUGUAGCAAAGCCUUCCUGAAGUUUAAUGGACGAUAUUACGCUGGAAGGCAGCUGCAGUGUGAGUUCUCACCGGUCACCAGAUGGAAGACCGCAAUAUGUGGCCUGUUCGAUCGUCAGAAGUGUCCUAAAGGAAAGCACUGCAAUUUCCUCCAUGUGUUCCGGAAUCCCACACGAGAGUUCCUCAAGGCUGACCAGGACCUCCAUCUGUCCCCUGAUAGGGACCGCAAUUUCACUGGCCGGUUCUCAGAACGGUCAUGGUCACAAAGAGGCCACAGCCCGGACAGGUGGUCAUGGAGACGCUCUGUAAGGCGGAGCCGCAGCAGAGAGAGGCGGAGCCGCAGCAGGAGUCAGGAGAGCAAGCGGUCACGUCACGGCUGGUACAAUAAAGCCGCUGGGCAGAGUGGACGACCCCGGAGAAGCAGAAGCAGAAGCAGGGGAAGACACCGGUCAAGGAGCAGAGAUCGGAAUGGGGACAGGAGGUCAAGAGAGCGGCCCCCCACGACAUCGAGAUCUGCAAGCACAUCUAAAAGUACAGAAGAGCCUCGUAGGAAAAGCCAUAGAAGGGACAAAGAGAUCAUAGAGGACCUCACAGGCGCCGCCACCACUCCUCUGCGCCACAAACACUCGAAGAAAAGCAAAAAGAAGAAGAGCAAGAAGAAACACAAGAGGAAGAAGAGUAAAUCGCCAGGUGGAAGCUCAUCAGCGGAAUCUGGCAAAGACACAGGGGACGAAGGUGAUGACCAGCUCCCUGCCCCCCAAGACGAGGGAUCCACUGAUCACCACGUUAUGGCACAGAAUGAGGACUCCAUUCAGUUUUCCCUCACAGAAGAAAAGGAAGUUGCCAAUCAGUCUCCCUCUUUGGAGGAAAAUGCUGGUUCUACAGAGGCUGAGCUGGUGCUCACUGAUCCUGAAAAGGAAAUGAUUGAUCUCCCUGAUGUUCAAGGUUUAGUAAAGGAUACUUUGUAACUUCUGAAAAUGAAAAGCCAUUUGUGUUCUCACUGGUUACUUGGUGCAACACAAAAUCCAAUGUGUCUGAAAUAAGUUGUAAUAUUAGGUGAGGUAUAAACAAAUUGCUUUAUUUUGUGUGUUGUACAUAUAUGUGUAAAUAAAAUAUUUCUUAAAUA